AGGCUCAUGAGCUGAACAAAUAUGGGCCGGAAAAGACGGCCUUGACAGAUUGUGCUGAACCCUGUACCAUCUGCGUCUAUGUAUGUGGCACAUGUUUUUUGACCGAUAAGAACGCUUUAAGUCAAGCAGAUUUGGAUUAUUUGCAGAUAUUCGUGCCCGCUCCAGAUGACUGCCCGCUAGCUACCAACACAAGGACACAACACAUCGCUCUCGCGCCCUUUGUCCGCAUCCACCGGCGUUCCCACCACGACGUAGCCGCCGGGCCGGGGAAUGAUGAGCUGACCGCCUCGCGCGGCCGUGUGAUCUGAUCACUCAUCUCCCAAUCGCUGUCACCUCUCGAGGUGGGGAAAGUGGAAUGGCCACCAUGCCGACCUCGUAUCGCUUCCAUUCUCCAUGGACGAGUAGGUAGCUCUCGUGAGCUUAAUUUACAGCGCGAUUGCCGUCGCCGGUGCCCGCCACACCUCUCGGAGUUGUGCGGAUGGCUGCGAUCGUUUUGCUGCUCUUCCUUGUCGUGGGCUUGAUGCCGGUUUCCAAUGGGCAGACGACGCCCUUCUCCCCGCGAUUCUCCGUCUACCUCGCGUGCGGCGCCGGCGGGAACGUCGUCGUGACGUCGGACUCGCCGCAGCGGACUUUCGUCCCGGACGACGGCGAGCUGUCCGGGAAGUCCGCGAGGUUCAGCAACCCCGACGCGAGCCCGCCGUCCCCUCUCUACGCCGCGGCGCGCGCGGGGACGAGCGGCUUCUCGUACCGGCUCAGCUACGCUGCCGACGCGGCGCCCGACGGCAACACCACGCUCGUCCUCCGCCUCCACUUCUUCCCCUUCGCGUCGCAGUCCGGCGACCUCCUCUCGGCGCGGUUCAGCGUCUCGGCCAUGGGGAGGUACGUCCUCCUGCCUCCUUCCUUCUCGCCGCCGCGCGCCGGCGUGGUGAGGGAGUUCCUCCUCCCGUCCGAUGGCUCCGGCGAGUUCGACGUCGCCUUCACGCCCGAAUCAGGGGGGCUCGCCUUCGUCAACGCCAUCGAGCUGUUCCCCGCGCCGCAGGAGCUUCUGUGGAAGUUCCCCCUGACGGCGGUCAACACCGACGUCUCGCCGUCGCAUCAGGCGCUGGAGACGCUGUACCGGCUCAACGUCGGCGGGCCAACGGUGACGCCGACGGGCGACACCAUGUGGCGAACAUGGCUCCCCGACGACUCCUACCUCUCCCCGGCGACGGUCUCGGCGGUGGCCAGCAUCCAGGGCCAGAUCAUCUUCGACCGGGCGCAGGGCUACACGCAGAUGGUCGCGCCGGACGCCGUGUACAAGUCGCAGCGCACGACGAACUCGACCACGUCGAACGUGACAUGGACGUUCGCCGUCGACGGCAACAGCAGCUACGUCGUCCGCCUCCACUUCUGCGCCUUCGAGGAGCUCAGCUCCGUCAUCGGAGAAGGCGUCGAUUUCAAUGUUUAUCUGAUGCAAGCCAUGGGUACCCGGGAAUUGAAGGCCAAGGACUACGCGACGCUGAGCAGUCCGACCCAAGCUUUCUACAUGGACUAUGUCGCCGUGGUCCCGACCGCCGGCGAGAACCUCACGGUGAGCAUCGGCAGGGCGGCGAGCAGCGACAGCAAGAAGGCGAUACUGAACGGGCUGGAGAUCAUGAAGCUCAGAGCCGUUGAUAUGACUCCGGCGAGCUCGUCCGGCAAGACGAGCAAGGUCGUCGUCGUAGCCGUGACCGCGGCGGUGCUCGGCGCGGCGGUUCUAGCAGGUGUGGCAUUGUGCGUACUGCUUGUGCGGCGGAGACAGCGGCGGGCGACGCUGCCUGUGCCGGAGGAGGAGGAGAAGGAGAGCGUGGGGACGCCGUGGUCGCCGUUCACGCCGGACGGCGAGGGCUCGUUCGGCAGCGCCGUGGUCACGCCGCGGAGGAUGAACAUGAAGCUCCACAUCCCGCUCGCCGAGAUCAUGGUGGCGACGGGGGACUUCGACGACGCAAACAUCCUCGGCGUCGGCGGGUUCGGGAACGUGUACCGCGGCGUGCUCCGCGACGGCACCCGCGUCGCCGUGAAGCGCGCCAAGCGCGCGUCCAGGCAGGGGUUCCCGGAGUUCCAGACUGAGAUCCUGGUGCUCUCCAGCAUCCGCCACCGCCACCUCGUCUCGCUCAUCGGCUACUGCAACGAGCGGUCGGAGAUGAUCCUCGUGUACGAGCUCAUGGCGCACGGCACCCUGAGGAGCCACCUGUACGGCUCCGACGCCGCGGCGGCGACGCCGCCGCCGCUGUCGUGGAAGCAGCGGCUGGAGAUCUGCAUCGGCGCGGCGAAGGGGCUCCACUACCUGCACACCGGCCACUCCGAUAACAUCAUCCACCGCGACGUCAAGUCGACGAACAUCCUCCUCGGCGACGGCUUCGUGGCGAAGGUGGCCGACUUCGGGCUGUCCCGCGUCGGGCCAUCGACGGGGCAGACGCACGUGAGCACGGCGGUGAAGGGCAGCUUCGGCUACCUCGACCCGGAGUACUUCAAGACGCGGCAGCUCACCGACCGCUCCGACGUCUACUCCUUCGGCGUCGUCCUCUUCGAGGUGCUGUGCGCGCGGCCGGCGAUCGACCAGAGCCUCCCGCCCGACGAGAUCAACCUCGCGGAGUGGGCGAUGCAGUGGAGCCGGAGGGGCCGGUUCGACAAGAUCGUCGACCCGGCCGUCGCCGGCGACGCCAGCACGAACUCGCUCCGGAAGUUCGCGGAGACCGCCGGGAGGUGCCUCGCGGACUACGGCGAGCAGCGGCCGUCCAUGGGCGACGUGGUGUGGAACCUCGAGUACUGCCUCCAGCUGCAGGAGAGCCAGCCGAGCACCGAGACGGCGCUGGACUUGGACGACAGCGGCGCGCACCUGCCACGGGACAUCGUCGUGGCGAGGCGAGUGGCGCCGCUCGCGCCCGAUGCUUCGGCGGACGCCGCCGGAGACGACAUGAGCUGGUCGGAGACGGCGAGCUUCACGGCGACGGGCAACGUGUUCUCGCAGAUUAUGUCCCGCGAUGGUAGAUGAGCAGAGUAGUCGCCUUUAUAAUGAGGAAUCUGGUGGCGCACGAUUACAAAAGGAGGUCAAAAGCCACGACACAAUGGCAGGAAAUUUUUAAAAUGUUCCAAGAUUUUGGUUACCUUUUCAAUACGAAUUUAAAUCGGAUUUGAUGCCAAUUCGAGAGGAUUUUAUCUGUUCAGUGUGAGUUGGAGUUCGAAUUUGAAUAGAAUUUCCUCUCCUUUGCCGAGAGCACCGCUGCCAGGAGCUUUGUAGUAGGCGCUUGCCCUUCGGGCCCAGAUAACUUUUUUUAUUUUAAGAUAUUGAUUACCUUUCAAUAUGAAUUGAAAUCGAAUUUGAUGCUAA